AUGUCGUUCGUUCUCGUUUGCAACGAAGCAGAAGAUGACGCAGUGUCUUUCUGGGAGGCACCAUCUUGCGGCAUGUCCUUUCAGACCGACAAAGGGGAACCGAUGACACUGAGCAGAAGCAAACUUCUGGCUGCAUGCCCUUCUCUAGAAGUUUCUGAAGUUGCUAACUUUCAACAGACCCCUCACGUCGCCCAACAAUUCUCUAAGAAUUGGAAGGACGGCGCGUUCGACCAACCUCCCAACCUCCCAACCCACGAAUCGAAGCCUCCGUCGAGCAAAUCGCGCUGCACAGCUUCCCAAAACCCCCUCCAUUCGAUCGUCAAUCCUCAGAAAGAUCCAAAAGCAACGCCUUUCAACCCUCCUAACCUCCCAAUCGAAGCCCGUGUCGACCGAUUCACACACUCCGAGCCAGGGAACGAUUCCCUGCAAACAAGCAUCAACCACAAUAUGUCACGCCCCCGCGGGUAUUUGGUCGCACUCCGACACGAUCAUGAGGGCACUCUCAAGCUGUGCAUCUCCACUGGAGAUGGCUCCGAAUCCAAAACCCUCAAACCCGAUCACAGCUGCAUCUGGGUCAUGAUGGAUGCCGCGGCCAACACCAUAACCACGGAAGAGGGGGCAGCUACACCCUUCAUGGUUCAUGAACUAGGUUGGUUCACCAAUCCAACCUUGUUGAAAUCAAUCUGCCUUGCGACCCCGGUACCCCUACACCAGGCCGGCCACGUUUCCACCUUCCAUGCUUGGGUGGCCAUGUUGCUGCACAAUCUCCAAGUCCAUCACAGCUCCCGCUGGGCUCCGAAUCUUGGCAACAUCAUGUAA